AUGAGCAGUAGCUUUCUGCUUUCCGGAGUGAAAACUCUGGUUAUUGAAUUAUGUUUCCUGUAGCCAAUAAUCUCCAUAUUAAGAGAACCUCCAGACCCAAUAAUUCAAUAUGUAACUCCUCCCACCACCCGUGGACCUGUCUAAGAGCGUCCACCAUGUUGUCUCGGUUGAGAACCACCUGGUCCCUGAGGCCCUGUGUCUCUGUUUGCAGAUGGGCACACACCAAAGAGAAAGGAAAGCCCCUCAUGCUCAACCCUCGCACUAACAAAGGCAUGGCCUUCUCUCUAGAGGAACGACAGAUUUUGGGGAUUCACGGUCUGUUACCUCCCAAAGUGGAAACCCAGGACACUCAGGCCAUGCGCUUUCAGAAUAAUCUGAAGAAGAUAACUGAUCCCUUACAGAAGUAUGUCUACUUGAUGGGCAUCCAGGAAAGAAAUGUGAGGCUUUUCUACAGGGUGUUAAUGGAAGACAUCGAAGAAUUAAUGCCAAUAGUCUACACUCCCACUGUAGGCCUGGCCUGCACACACUAUGGACACAUCUUUAGAAGACCCAAGGGCUUGUUCAUUUCCAUUCGGGACAAAGGACAUGUCCGUUCCAUCCUGGACAACUGGCCAGAGACCGAUGUUGCAGCAGUAGUAGUGACUGAUGGAGAGCGUAUUUUAGGAUUAGGAGACCUGGGGGUUUAUGGAAUGGGAAUCCCUGUAGGAAAACUCUGCCUGUACACUGCCUGUGCCGGCAUCCGACCUGAGAAGUGUCUGCCUGUAGCGAUAGAUGUUGGAACAGAUAAUGAGACUCUCCUGGAGGAUCCGCUGUACAUGGGCUUGUACCAGAAGCGAGAUCGCUCUCAAGCCUACGACGAGCUGAUUGAUGAGUUCAUGGAAGCUGUGGUGGAAAAAUACGGACAAGACACACUGAUCCAGUUUGAGGACUUUGGGAACCACAACGCCUUCCGCUUCCUCAGGAGAUACAGGGAGAAGUACUGCACCUUCAAUGACGAUAUCCAAGGUACUGCGGCUGUAGCCCUUGCUGGUUUGUUGGCAGCUCAAAAAGCCGUUGGAAAACCGAUCACUGAACACAGAGUGCUUUUCCUGGGAGCUGGAGAGGCUGCUCUUGGUAUUGCCAGUCUGAUUGUAAUGGCCAUGAUGGAGACGGGGAUGAGCCAGGCUGAGGCCAGAAGUAAGGUCUGGAUGUUCGAUAAACAUGGCUUACUAGUAAAGGGCAGACCACAGGAAACAGACUCAAACCAGGAGGCAUUUGUCCACGACAGUCCAGGAGACGUGCAGAGCUUCCUAGACGCCGUCAACACCAUCAAACCAACAGCCAUCAUAGGUGUGUCUGGGGCUGGACGUCUGUUCACUCACGACGUCAUCAAGACCAUGGGAACCCUGAACGAACGACCAAUCAUCUUCGCCCUGAGUAACCCAACCACUAAAGCAGAGUGCACGGCAGAGGACGCCUACACCCUUACUGAUGGUAGAUGUCUUUUUGCCAGUGGCAGUCCAUUCGGUCCAGUGACUCUGAGUGAUGGCCGUGUCUUCACUCCUGGACAAGGGAACAAUGCUUACAUCUUCCCAGGUGUGGCCUUGGCUGUGAUCUUGAGCGGAGUGAGACACAUCAGUGACACUGUCUUCUUAGAAGCUGCCAAGACCCUCUCAGAGCACCUGACUGACAAAGACCUGGAAGAAGGCAGACUCUAUCCUCCUCUCUCCAACAUCAGAGAGGUUUCCCUCCAGAUGGCUGUCAAGGUGGUAGAGUAUGUCUAUGCUAAAGGCAUGGCGUUCCGCUACCCUGAGCCUAUGGACAAGGACAGCUUUGUACGUGCAACUGUGUGGAACACCAACUAUGACUCCUUCCUACCAGAAACCUACGACUGGCCAGGCGUCAGCUUCACCCCCAAGACUAAAUAGAAGUGUAACAGACCCUCACUGUGCUCCGUUUCACAAUGUCCCUCUUCCUUUGUUUCCCACUUAAAUCUCAAUCACAGAUCUUUUGAGAUGAUCACUGUUGUUUCAGUGCAAACAUCAACUUAGACAGUAGAAGCUCCCUGCUGUCUUGUUGCUGCAUUUGCACCAAAUCAGUCUUACUAGAUCUGUGAAGUUGUAGAUUGAGUGAACUUUGAAAGAUGACAUUCAAGGUGAAAAGGCAAAUUUCACUUCACAUCCAUUUUUUAGGCACUUUUGCAUCACAUGUAUACCUAAGUAACACCUGGAGGGCCCUCUGGUGGUGGGAAAAAGGCAGUGCAGAUAUCUGGUUUCAUUGUUGAAACCUUGCAUCUUAAUCAUCAAUACUUUCUCUGAAAAUGAAAGUAAGAAAAAUAACUUUAGAAGCCGACUUGUUUCUUUACCUAAUCAACUUUUAAAUCAUACAUUUAAAUGGUUAAGUUACUAAUGUGUACUGAACGCCAUGUGAAACUACUUUUGUUAUACACUCCUGAUGCACAGCUGCAGGCUCCUCAUGUCUGCUGCUAUAAGCUUUAACAUGCAUAUGUAUGGACAUUGCUUUUUUUUCACAUCAGGCGGUCCUCUGGUGACUUCACUAACCCUUCACUAACAUCAAACAUAUGUUUCGAGAAUUACUUUGACUUAGAUUUAAUCAGGCUUCGCUGCCUAUCAGUGAAGGUUUAGCAAAGCUGAAGGCGAAAGAAUUUGGCCAUCAUUUUUAAAGUAGUAAGAAAGGGAGAAAACAUGUUACUCAGGGGAGAAAGAGUGUUGGAAGGAAGGAUCUUGGGAAAAAAAAUAUAUUUUAUGAAGGGAAAUUAUAGUUAUGUUUAAAAACACUUGGGGAGUACAAUGUUCACUCCAGUAACUUUUUGUUCCAGCACUCUCAAACAUUGUGUUUCUCUCUCAGAAUUGAUUUUAUGUUGUGGGGGGGGGGGGUUAUUCAGUAUUCAGGUGUUUGUGCAUUGUGAUGUAUAUUAAAUACAAAGCUUUUAAUCAACAGUCCUUAAAUGAGUCCAUCCCUUUUAAAAUAAAUCACUUUUUGCCCAAGUGUGAUCAACAAAAUAUAAACUUUACUAAAUAUUUAAUAUUUAAAAAUGUGCAGUCAAAUGAAUUGAAGAGAUUUUUUAAAACUAUUUUGUUUAAUGUACAUGUUCUUUUGUGGAAAGUGAGACGGUCUGCUGAAAGAAUAUUCAUAAAGUUGUGUUAAGUACA